AUACCUAAGUAAUAGUUUACAGACCGGUCCGGAUGUCCGUCUGUGGCGUACGUGAAUUCGCGGUUCAAAUCUGGCUAGCUAAUAAAAUAAAAUAAUCGAUACAACAUAAAAUUGACAUACAUUUAUUCUGAUAACAAACUCCAAAUAUUUUGCCACGAUUAUACAGUCUAAAUACGAUAUUUUUUAGAAUUACCUAAGACGUAGAUUAUACAGCCAAGGAACCGUGAAAUUUUGUUAACCUAGUUUAUUCCGUAUUUACCUUCAUUAGCCAGAGUUUACAAGUCCACAAUGCUGUUGAGAUUUAACUUUUAUUGGACAUUUUCCGCAAUCGGCAUCAGUGUAUUGUUGAUUCUUGCUGUAACUCGAUAUACAGAUAACACAAAGCACCGUUCAUAUCCAGAGAGGCCCGGGAAUUUUCUGACUAUAGAAGGAGAAGAGCAAUGGAACAACCCCCACAUCGGCUCACCAAACAUUGACGACAUACUCCAGGAGACUAGAGUGAAAAUUGCAUUAGAGUUAUCGAAUUACAACUUCACAAAUUCAGCGGCAAAAAACCUGCAGGAAUUACUGCUGGAAUCGGGGGGGCAGCCUCUACGAAGUCUCGUUAUAUCAACGUGGAGAUCUGGCUCGACAUUCCUAGGUGAUAUUUUGAAUGCGAUGCCUGGAAACUUCUACCACUUUGAGCCAUUUAUGAAUGUCAAAGUAUAUCAGAUCAGAGGCCCACCGGAAGCAGAAAAAGCAAUAAUAACAGUCAAGACCUUGUUCAAGUGUGAUUUCGAAAUCUUUUUACACGGAUAUUUGGAAGAGUACCUUCGUAAUAAGGUGGUACCAUGGUACCAGUUCAGACACAAUGAUAGAUUAUGGAAGCAUGUUAAAUACCACAGAGAUCUGUUUUUCGAUCCUAUGUUCAUUUCUAACUUUUGUAAGUUGUUCCCUUUCCAAAGUAUGAAACUGGUGCGCUUCCGGCUACGACUGGUGCAGGACGUUCUGGAUGAUCAAGAACUCAAUGUAAAAGUGGUAUUGUUGGUCCGCGACCCCCGUGCGGUCAUGCAGUCCCGGCAAGGCAAAGGAGUGGAGUUCUGUAAAAAAACAAGCCCAGAUUGCUCUCAGCCCGAAUUGCUCUGCGCUGACAUGAUAAGCGACUAUAUAGCUGCGAAAAAACUUCAGCAUCAAUACCCAAACAGGCUUGUGGUACUGCGUAUGGAAGAUUUAUCUUUAGAGCCCAAAAGCAUGACGCUCCGACUAUUCAAGUUCUUAGGUCUCAGCAUGACGCCUGAAGUUGAGCAGUUUCUGGCCUCGCACACCACCCUGAAGGUGGGGGGAGCCUACGCCACCUUCAGAGUGUCCCGCGAUGUACCGUUCAAGUGGAAGAAUAUUUUACACUAUGAUUACGUUGAGGAGAUACAGACUGCAUGCAAGCAGGCUAUGGAGUUGUGGGGAUAUCGCUUGGCGCACAACGCUACGCACAUGGCAAGCAAGGAGUUUUACCCACUGGACACAUUCAAUUACUCAACGGUUUUAAGGAGCAAAUAAAAAUAUUGGCUGAAAGCCAUGUCAACAUGGUUCCACAGCGGAUCCGCCACCGUAACGUACUCCAACACAUUCGGUAACUGACUGACAACCCAAUCCAUGUCUCUCGUAUCCACUAAGUGGUCUGAUUCGCCGUGGAAGAUAACAACCGGCAUCGUGGUCAUUCCCAGAUCGUAUUCCGGAGGUUCAGCUACCCCGUAAACUUUUAAAUUUUCCUCGGAACCAUAGUUAAAUUUAACGAAAUGGAGCUCAUUCAUAGCCUGUCCGUAUUUGGCCAUAUUUUGGAUGGAUGUUCCGGCUGGGACGUGUUCGAACAUUCUUCGAGUAGUUUCUGAGGUGAUGGAGCCUGGAUGAGGCGAAUCUACAGCGGAUAAUCCCAGAUUACAAACUGCUGCUAAUAACUUCACUUGGCACAAUGUAUUUAGGGUUCCUUGAAUAGGUAAACCUUGGGACGCGACCUCCCAAACUCCAGACGCUUCCAAAGGGGUUUGCAAAGACUCUAUGGCUUUCACUAACGAUCU